GGAGCCAGCCGGGAGGAGAGGAGGGAGGCCCGGCUGAGGGGCGCACACGUGUCCCCACGGGCUCGGCCGGGAUCCCUGUCGGGGACUCAAGGCCGGCCGGGUCCCAGCAGCAGUGGGCAGGGCCGAUGCCUGACGAGAGGAACACGCGGCCUCGGCGCCUCUCCUUUGUCCCCAUCGGGUUGCCUUCUGGGCCAGGCCAGCCGGAGGGAGGGACGCGAGGCCGGGAAGGGAGCAGAGCCCGGCCCUGCCCACUCCUCCAGCCUCACGGCGUGGUCCUGCGGGCAGCCUUUGUGCGCUCCUGCGCUAUCUGUGCCUGCGUCCUCGGUUUACCUGGGGAGAUGGCUGGGGCUGUGUACUGACUUAGUCCUGGGAACUCAGGGGCCUGCCUUGCUGGACUGCCCACUUCUAUGGUGAUCUGGAGGGCCCUUGACAGCGCGCAAACGGGUGGAACACGAAGUGAGAGGGGAAGAGGGUUCAGGGUGCCCCUUUGCGAGUUGUGCCACGCCGAGCUCCUCCUUGUGCCUCCCCAUGUUCUGGCCUGGUCUGCAGGUGGGGCUGACUCAGCCCACGGGAUCUCCAGGCCAGUCUUGCUCUCUCCACUGCCCACAUCAGAGGAUCUAACUUCAGGACUCCCUCCCCCAGCAUCCUGGUGUCCCCCACCCUAGACCUGAGGCUGAGCCUGGGAACAGGUUGGGGUCUCGAAGUUUCCACAAGCCAGGGAGAGCUGGCUGCGGUCAACGUACACCCUGGGGGUGGAUUGGAGGGGAUACAGGGAGAGAUUAGGUGGAAGUUCAGAGGUCAGGGCCGGGAAAGGCAAGUGUUCCUGUGCCCAGGUGGCAGGGCAAAGGGCACCUUCACUGCUCUCUGAACCUCUCCUGCCAGGUAAGCAGGAUAUCCUGGCACCCCUUCUCUGCCCUUUCCAGCAGAUGGGCUUCUCAUGCCCUGUAAGAGGAUCGCUGAGGUACAUGCAAGCCUAGAGCCAGGUGGGCACCUAGCAUCUCCCCAGGUGCUCCCACAUGCAAAGCGCUGGCACCCAGAGCCUCUGUCCUGGAAUGCCAGGGCCCUAGGCAGAUUUGGGCUCAGUCCACAGGCUGCAGCCAGAAACCACUGGGCUGCCAAGGGCCCGGGGUCUAUGGGUAGGCAGGUUGAUAUUCUGGGCCAGCCAGAUCAGGCUCCAAUUUCCCCCAUCCAAGCUCCCAAAUUGGACCCUGGUUUGAAGAAGCUGCCUCAGGGCUCUCUCUCUUCCCCUUCCCAGAGGCUGCAGAGAUCCCUAGCUAGCAAAGUGAAAGAGAAAGUCGCUCCGCCCCACCCCGCCCCUCAGCCAAUCCCAGGGGCCCCUAGCCGUCUUCUGGUUGCUUAUCUCCUCGUUGAGGUUGAGUAGAGCCGGCUUGCGGGAGCAGUGAAGGAGCCUGGAGGCACUGUGCACUCAGGGUGAGCGGGACCCGAGGGUGGCAGGCCAGUGUCCCCCGGAAGACCCUCGAGGCUGGCUCCUGGCCCCCAGCCCUGCUGCUGGUGGGAGAGGCCCUUCUACCCUCAUCCCUAGAAAGGAUGGGGAGACAGCCUCAGGAUUGAGGCGUAGCCGUACCCCCUGCUGACCCCUCUGGCCACGGGAGUGGUGGCUGGUGCCUUGCAAUCACCCUGAGGGUGGAGGACCACCUGCCUCUCGCCUUGGUCCCACCAGCCCUCACUGCCACCUCCAUCUCUGCUGCUGCCUUGACUCCCCUCCCCCUCCCUGUCAUCAGCACCUCUACCGCCUGGUGGCCACCUCUGCUGCUCCUGCCUUCCUGCUACAGUUAAAUGGCUGAUAAACAGAUCAGCCUGCCAGCCAAGCUCAUCAAUGGUGGCAUUGCUGGACUAAUCGGGGUCACCUGUGUGUUCCCCAUCGACCUGGCCAAGACGAGGCUGCAGAACCAGCAGAAUGGCCAGCGCAUGUACUCGAGCAUGUCCGACUGCCUAAUCAAGACCAUCCGCUCAGAGGGCUACUUCGGCAUGUAUCGGGGCGCUGCUGUGAACCUGACCUUGGUCACCCCCGAGAAAGCCAUCAAGCUGGCAGCUAAUGACUUCUUCCGGCAUCAGCUUUCGAAGGACGGGCAGAAGCUGACGCUGCCUAAAGAGAUGCUGGCAGGCUGCGGGGCUGGCACCUGCCAGGUGAUCGUCACCACCCCCAUGGAGAUGCUGAAGAUCCAGCUGCAGGAUGCAGGCCGCAUUGCUGCCCAGAAGAAGAUUCUGGCUGCCCAGGCCCAGCUCUCAGCCCAGGUGGGUGCCGCGACCCCGGUGGAGGCUCCCGCUGCACCCCGGCCCACGGCCACUCAGCUGACUCGAGACCUGCUGCGGAGCCGCGGCAUUGCUGGCCUCUACAAGGGCCUGGGGGCCACCCUGCUCAGGGACGUCCCCUUCUCCGUGGUGUACUUCCCCCUGUUCGCCAACCUGGACCAGCUGGGCCGCCCGGCGUCUCAGGAGAAGGCGCCCUUCUACGUGUCCUUCCUGGCCGGCUGUGUGGCUGGAAGUACAGCUGCUGUCGCUGUCAACCCCUGUGAUGUGGUGAAGACGCGGCUCCAGUCUCUGCAGCGUGGAGUCCAUGAAGACACUUACUCUGGCUUUCUGGACUGUGCCAGGAAGAUCUGGCAGCACGAGGGCCCCUCUGCCUUCCUGAAGGGUGCCUACUGCCGUGCACUGGUCAUCGCUCCACUGUUUGGCAUCGCGCAGGUGGUCUACUUCCUGGGCAUUGCUGAGUCCCUCCUGGGACUACUGCAGGACCCCCAGGCCUGAGCUCACCGUGAGGGUGGAACAGGGCAGCCAGCCCAGGACUGAGAGAAGGAAAGCCUUUCUCCAGCUGUGCCCCGUGAGUGGGCAGGCUAGGGGCAGGGGGCAGGGUCCACAGGGGUAGUACAUACAUAGGCCCCCAUGGGGCCCUGCGGGCACAAUAAUUGGGAUCAAUGUUUUAUUUAUGUAAAAAA